AUGCUCGAGGCUUCUUCGGACAUAUGGCAGCUGCGGCUCCUACUGGAGCACAACUUCGGCGCGCAGGCUGGCGCCCGGCCGGACGGCUUCGCCAUGGCGUCGUGGGCAGCGCUCGGCUGGGCCGUCGCCUUCGGGGCCAUGCUCGUCAUCGCCAUCGCCGGCAACAGCCUGGUCUGCGCCAUCAUUCUGACCACCAACUGCUUCCUGGCCAACCUCAGCGUCGCCAACCUGCUCAUGAUCAGCCUGAACUGUACCUUCAACUUCAUCUACGUGGUGUACGCCGACUGGCGGUUUGGCCUGCCCUUCUGCAUCAUCAGCAACUUCGUGUCCAGCCUGACGGUCACAGCCAGCGUCUUCAGCCUCGUCGCUGUCUCGAUAGAAAGAUACAUGGUGAUCGUGCGGCCGCUGCACCGCAAGAUCCGACGCGACGAGGUGGUCGGCUGCAUCAUUCUCAUCUGGGUGUGCAGUGGCUGCCUGUCGGUGCCACACCUGCUCUACUCGGACAUCGUCACGCACCGCAGGCUACCCUCCGGCGACGAGGUACGCGGCUGCGUUCUGGUCUGGCCCGACGGACUGCGGCAAACCUCCUUCGCCGAUCACGUGUACAACAUCGUCUUCCUCUGUAUCACCUACAUCCUGCCCAUGCUGUUCAUGGCCAUUUGCUACACGAUAAUUGGUAAGUUUUUCAACCGGGGGCCAAUGAUCGCCCGCAAGUUCAUAGUGGUGGUGGUGGCGUUCGCUCUCCUGUGGCUGCCUCACCAGGUGUCAUGCGUGUACACCUACCACGACUUAUGGCUCGCCCAACGGAAAUACGUCCAGCACUUGAUCCUGGGAUUCUACUGGCUCGCAAUGUCUCAUUCUAUGGUCAACCCAUUCAUCUACUUCUGGAAGAACGGAAGGUUUCGGUCUUGCCUGGCCGGCUGGUGCUGCCGCUCUGAUAAACACUCCGGCAUGGACAUCAAGGUGCAGGUGCUGCUCGCGGGAAUGACGCCCGCGGCAUUGCCGACCGGUAAGCGGAAGCUGAUGCUGAUGGAGCUGGGAGUGUGA